AUGCAAACAGACCUGCUUAAGCGAGAUGGCUUUGAGUCAAUACUUUGCAUACGAUCUAAGAGGGCUUUAUUUUCAUUAUCUAUUUGGUUGCAUCUAUCUAAAACUAUUCGUUGCUUUUUAGAACCUUUUGAAGAGUUUAUAGUGAGAUUCGCUUUGGGUAGAUUAUCUAUACAAGGCUUUACAAGUCUUAGCGCUUUUUUAAACCUAACCUUUUCUUUUUUCAGUAAAAGUUUUUCAUAG